CCACCCAGAAAUAAUUCACCAACAGAGAAAGAAUUCCUCUAUCUAUCUCUGUGAUAAACACACACCUUGAACAGUGUGAAACGAUGCAGCAGACUGAGUCGGACUACAUUAACGCCCCUUCCUCUUCAUCAAAUGAUGAAGAUGCAAGGGAAACUGAGAAAUCGAGCUGUUUUUCUGCAUUGGGAGUUUGCAGAGUGGUUGGUGUAAGUUUGGGUCUUCUCUGCGUUCUACAAGCCACCCUCAACAUUUCACUGCGCCUUCAUAAAACCUCCGAGGCUUUCAGCUUCGGCCGUAACUGUGCUGCCAACGCCACUACGGAUUGGGCCGUCAAAGACUUGGUUUCAAUGAGAUUUCACUUGAUAAGUCAGAGGCAGAUGCUACAAAGAGCACACGACAAUCUAGAGGCCAAGUUCAGAGACUGCAGCCUGGCUCUGGGCGAUCGGAUCUGCCGCCCAGAUGUGGAGAUCUACAUCCAAAAUAAGGAUUUCUACAACAUGGUGGUCCGAGAAAGAGAUGAACUCAAGGACCAGAUCUCCCGCCAGAGAAAUGUGGUAAUGGAACUCCAGCGGCAGAGAAACAGGCUGCUAAUGCACAUUUCCAAACUGGACCCAAGCAUCCCAAGCUGUCCACCAGAAUGGACCUCAGAGCAGUCCAGCUGUUACUUGCUCUCCUCCAGUAAAGGCACCUGGGACUCGGCCCGUCAAGACUGUCUGGUUCGAGGAGCACAUCUGGUGACUGUGAACAGCCAGCAAGAGCAGGAGCUGAUCCUUACGAUUGGAUUUUUAGUAGAUAGAGUUUGGAUCGGCCUGCUGCAAUCAAGGGCUGGAGAAUUGGACACUGUUUGGGAAGAUGGGUCGGCGAUGGAAAUAGGGGAUGACGAAGAAAAACAUUUUUCGGAGUUACGCAAUCGCAGGAUGAGGACCUGCGCAUACUUGGACCAAAAGGAGAUGGAAAUAAAUGCCUUGAGAAGCACCUUCUGUGGGAAUAUGAACCACUGGCUAUCUGGCGACCGACAGAGACCUAUUUCUAUCCGUCUUCAACUGGUCAGAUUGAGGCUGAUUGAGGUGGCCUGUGUGUGAAAAGCGGAUACCAGCCCUGAAUAUAGGCCAGUCAAUAUGGUCACCUUCACAAUAUGGUCAAUAUGGUGACCUUGGGUGUCUUGAAAGGCGCCUCUAAAUGAAAUGUAUUAUUAUUAUUAUUAUUAUUAUUAUUAAUAGAUCUCGGCAGUUAAAAGCUGCUGACGGGAAGGUAGUUUUAGUUGGCAUGGAGAUGGACAGCUUACCAACAACAUGUGGUUACCGUUGGUGUGCUGAACGGACGGAUGAUGGUCAGACAAGGUGCAAACUAUAGUUGAAGCUCAUUAAAUUAUUCCAAAUGCUAUGUUGUGGAUUGUUUGUGCUGCUACGAAAUUGAAAUAAUUCGUUUUAGUCGUUUUAAAAUAAACUCCCGUUCUCUUUGCUCCUUU